UUCAAAACUGCACAGGGACUAGCGCCGUGCGCGCACACGUUGCUUGGGUGGGCUCCUGCAUGAUUGUGUGUCCUGUCUCUGUCUUGAAUUUAUAGUUUAAAACAGUCAAACUUGCCGUUAUGGAUGCCUCUGCAGACGAGUUUAUGAAAUAUCGGUCGCCACUGGUGUCACGAUAUGCCAGCAAGGAAAUGGCUUACAACUUCAGUGACAGGAAGAAAUUCACUACCUGGAGGAAGCUGUGGAUAUUCCUCGCCAAAGCUGAAAAGGCUUUGGGUCUGCCCAUCACGGAUGCCCAGGUGUCUGAGAUGGAGAGUCAUGCGGAUGACAUCGACUUCGCGAUGGCCGCCGAGGAGGAGAAGCGCCUGCGUCACGACGUCAUGGCGCACGUCCACACCUUCGCCCACUGCUGCCCCGCCGCCGCCCCCAUCAUACACCUGGGAGCCACUUCCUGUUACGUUGGGGACAACACAGACCUCAUCAUGCUCAGAGACGGUUUUGACAUCCUACUGCCCAAGCUGGCUCGUGUAAUUGAUCGUCUUGCCGCCUUUGCUGAGAAAUACGCCCAUCUCCCCACGCUCGGCUUCACCCACUACCAGCCUGCCCAGCUGACGACGGUUGGUAAGCGUGCGUGCCUGUGGCUGCAGGACCUGACCAUGGACAUGCGCAACCUGCAGCGUGCCCGUGAUGACGUGCGCUUCCGCGGGGUGAAGGGCACCACGGGUACCCAGGCCAGCUUCCUGCAGCUGUUCCAGGGAGAACAUGACAAGGUGGAGGAUCUGGACAGAAUGGUGACAGAGAUGGCUGGCUUUAAAAAGUCGUACCUGGUGACUGGCCAGACCUACAGCCGUAAGGUGGAUAUAGACUCCCUCACCGUGCUGGCCAGCCUGGGGGCCUCCGUCCACAAGAUUUGCACAGACAUCCGCCUGCUGGCCAACCUGAAGGAGAUCGAGGAGCCUUUCGAGAAGGAGCAGAUCGGCUCCAGUGCGAUGCCUUAUAAGCGUAACCCCAUGCGGUCGGAGCGCUGCUGUAGCCUGUCUCGCCACCUGAUGGCACUGGUGUCGGACCCCCUGCAGACGGCCGCCGUGCAGUGGCUGGAGAGAACGCUGGACGACAGCGCCAACAGGCGGAUCUCUCUGCCAGAGUCUUUCCUCACAGCUGAUAUCAUCCUCAGCACACUGCAGAACAUCACUGAGGGCCUGGUGGUCUACCCCAAGGUGAUUGAGAGGCACAUCCGCCAUGAGCUGCCCUUCAUGGCUACUGAGAACAUUAUCAUGGCCAUGGUCAAAGCUGGAGGCAACCGACAGGACUGCCAUGAGAAGAUCCGAGUGCUGUCUCAGCAGGCGGCGGCGGUGGUGAAGCAGGAGGGGGGUGAUAACGACCUGCUGGCGCGGGUUCGAGCUGACGCCUACUUCACACCCAUACUGGGAGAGCUGGACGCCCUGCUGGACCCAAAGACAUUCAUCGGACGCGCACCCCAACAGGUGACCCGGUUCCUGUCAGAAGAAGUCCACCCCCUUCUGGAACCCUACAAGAGCAAGAUGGACAUCAAGAUCGAACUGGAACUCUAAACACACACACGCAUUCACUCGUGUGCAACCAAAAAAUAUAUUCGAAUGUAAAACAUACCUCAAAUACUUUACGAUGCUGCCGUGUUUGCAGUUGACAUUCAAAGAUAAUAAGAUGACACAUGCCCGAAAGGUCACAAACGAUUAAAAACCUUUUUUGAGAGAAUG